GCUGUUUGAUCAGAAGGGUUAUUUUUUAGAGUUGCUGUCUGAUAUUGUACUACAAGAAUUAAUUUGUUAAAUGGAAGCAUUGAAUGAUGGUAAAGAAAACCGCCAAAUAUCAUUGAAUAACAAUGGAAGGUCUAAGUCGCCGUGUGCCAUUGAGUCCCUGUUACUGCUAGAUAAUACGUUAUUAUGUAAUAUAGAACCUGACAAUGGAUUAUACGUUUCAGUAGAUACUCGCCAGUCCUUCCAAGAACACAAUGAGACGGCACAAGUUUCCAAAGAGUCGUUGCAAAGCGUUGCAACCAAUGCAACAGCUAGUUCCAAAAUAUCAUUCAGCGUGUCUCCUAACGUGAAUGAAUGGCAGGACAAAACCUUAAUGAAUCAAAUAUUUGCUCAAUUUGAUUCACAGAAUGAGGAAGAAAUUAAUUCAGAGAGUUGCAAUAAUAUAAGCAAUUAUGAUAUAUUUGAUACAUUUUACAAAGAGGAUACAAGAUUUGACUUAAACAAUGUAAAUCAAAAUGUGGAAAAAGCAGAUCAAUUGCAUAAAAAUGUAUUACAUCAAGAUAAAUUAAUGGAUGCAUCGUAUCCGUAUUUGCAUAUCACAAACUUUGGUGACGAUACUUUGAAAGAUAAUGAUUUUAAAAAGGAUGAUAAAAAUAGUUCACCAAUUUUAAAAACUAAAUCUAGAUCCUUAAAUGAAUGUAAAAGCUUAAAAAAAAAACUACGUUUUUCUAAUGAUGUAUUAAUACCAAAAGAGGCAAAAAAUGAAACAAAUUCCACAAAUUGUUCUUCAUUUUACGGUUUACCAGAUACUGUGAAAAAAUUGAUACAAGAAGUCAAGGGAAUUUGUGAAUUAUAUCAAUGGCAAGACGAAUUAUUAAAAUUGGCUGUUAAAACCAAAAAGAAUUUAAUUUAUGCUCUGCCAACAAGUGGCGGCAAAACUUUGGUUGCAGAGAUAUUAAUGUUCAGAGAGAUUAUAUGUAACAAAAAAAAUGCCAUUUUUAUACUUCCAUAUGUGGCCUUGGUACAGGAAAAGGUUCAAUCAAUGGCUAUAUUAGCAUUAAAAUUAGGUUUUUUAAUCGAAGAAUAUGCUAGUACAAAAGGACGUUAUCCACCAAUUAAACGGCGAAGGAAAAACAGUCUUUACAUAUGUACCAUAGAGAAAGCAUUAGGACUUGUAAAUAGUUUAAUAGAAACGAAACGCUUAACUGAAAUUGGUAUUAUAGUUGUUGAUGAAUUACAUCUGCUUGGAGAAUCUGGAAGAGGAGCCACGUUAGAAGGGCUACUUACAAAAAUAAUGUUCUUCAGUGAUAUGAUACGCUUAAUUGGGAUGAGCGCGACGAUAGGUAAUUUAAAAGAAAUCGCGCAAUUUCUUAACGCAGAUACAUACUCUCAAAACUUUCGACCAGUUAAAAUAACAGAAUAUGUAAAAUGUGAAAAUGAUAUGUGGGUAAUUAACUUGAAUAAUGAAGAAUUAUUGAUAGAUAUGAGCACCAAUGAUUACAAGUACUCAGAUGAUGUAGCAAUACUAGAUCCAGACAGAAUUGGAGGUUUGAUAAUGGAAGUAGUGCCAAAUGAUUCCUGCCUUAUAUUCUGCUCAAGUCGUAAAAAUUGUGAGAAUCUGGCUUUAUUAUUAGCCAAAAUUUUAUCUAAGGAUUUAUAUAAUUACAAAGUAAACGAAAAGAUGAGCUUGUUAAAUGCACUUAAAACUGAAGAAGGAUUAUGCUCUAUUUUGCAAAAAACUAUCAAACUUGGCAUAGCCUACCAUCAUUCUGGACUUACGUCCGAAGAACGGCGCUUAAUAGAGGAUGCUUUUAGAGAAAGUACUCUAUGUGUAAUAUGUUGCACGUCAACUUUAGCGGCUGGUAUCAAUUUGCCAGCAAGGAGGGUAAUACUACGUAGUCCUUAUGUUGGUAAUCAGUUUUUAAAUUUAAGUAGAUACAAACAAAUGAUUGGUCGAGCAGGUCGUGCUGGUAUGGGAGUUUUAGGAGAAAGUAUACUUAUCUGUAAAAAGUCCGAGAUCAGUAAAGUAAAAGAUCUCUUGACUUCUCAAAUGGACGACUCGCUGAGCAGUUUAUAUAUAGAAAAUAACAAGGGAUUGAACAAUCUGAUUCUAAGUGCAAUACAAUUAAACAUAGCGUCAACUAGAUCUGAAUUGCAUAAAUUAACAACUGCAACAUUACUCAGUAUUCAACAAAAUAGAAUAGGCGUUAAUCUAAAAACAAUAACAGAUGAAACAAUAACAGCAUUAUUAAAAUGUGGUAUAAUAAAAGUAAAGAGCAAAGAUAGUAAUACUGGUAAUCCUAAUGUAACUGUGGUCAUUCCAUCUCAAACAUCAACGUGUAAGAAGAAUUUGUCAGUUAAAAAGGAAGUAAAAACAGUCACAUUUACAAGUGAAACUGAGUUUCAGCUUUGUGAUUUGGGACAAGCUGCAAUGAAAGGGCCGAUUGAUUUAAAAACUGCAUAUACAUUGUAUGAGGAUUUAAAAACAGCUCAGAAACAUUUAAUAUUAAUUGAUAAUCUACAUCUUUUAUAUCUUGUCACACCUUAUGAUAGUAUAUCUCAAAUCACUCCCAUCGGCAGUAUUUAUUAUGAUGUGAUAAUGGAGUUAACUGAAAGUCAAAUGCAAGUUGCUAGACUUCUUGGAAUAACAGAAGCUGCGGCUAAUAAAAUACGUGAUGGUAUAAUACCUAAGUUUAUCGAGAAGAGAGUAGUUCACAGAUUUUAUGUGACACUAAUAGUACAUGAAUUAUGGAAUCAUCAUACAGUUUAUUCUGUUGCUGAGAAAUAUCAAGUUAAUAGAGGUAUUAUACAAAGUCUUUUAAAUACGGUUUCAAUGUUCGCAUCUUCUGUAGUCAGAUUUUGUCAGGAAUUACCUGAGUUUUGGGCAUUUACUGAAAUGUUAAAUACAUUCAGUAAAAAACUAUCUUAUUGUUGUCCAUUAGAACUAGAAAAAUUGAUGGAACUUCCAUCAGUUAAAAUAGGUAGAGCUCGUCAAUUGUACAAAGCCGGUUAUAAAACUUUACAAUCUAUAGCGAAAGCCGAUUCUAAGGAAGUUAAGAAAAAUAUUCCAUAUUUAAGUAAUAAAAUAGUCACGCAAAUUAUAGCUGCUGCAAAACUUUUAAUAUUGCAAAGAGCAGAAGAUUUAAAAGAUGAGCGUGAAGACAUUUUGGAUGGUAUAGAUAUAAGUCAAAUAGAAAUAGGGAUGUAA